CAUUCAAUAAAUGUCAACUUGGCUAUAAAAUGAAUAGUAAAAUGUUGAAAUAGUGUUAGUUUAAUGUUCAUUCUUAAUAAUUGAAAAAAAAUUGAAUUUAAAAAAUAGUUUUAGCAGUUGUGUAUGAAGAUGAAUGGAGCUUUCUCCCUAAACAUGUGAACGUGCGUAAAAGGUUCCCGCGCACUGCGUGUUCCUAGUAUUUUCAUGGCUCCAUGGCAUAUCCGCCAUGAUGGCUUUAUGCUCAACACGCUCAACAUGGAAAGUUUCAAAGUUGUUUUAUCGUAUUUGUGACUGAGUGCGUGUAAAUAAAAACAAUGGGAACAUACUAGAGGAAAGAAAGUAUUGUUUAGUGCCCUCCUCGAUCGGCUCGAGGGAAAGGGAGCUAGUUUUUAGGAAGUUUUAUGUUGGCCUUGUCGAGUGUUUGGUGCUGUCAACAAAUAUGUCGAAGCUUUCAUUUAGGGCGAGGGCCCUGGAUGCUAGCAAACCCAUGCCUAUAUACAUGGCUGAGGAACUCCCGGAUCUUCCUGAUUUUUCAGCGAUCAACCGGGCAGUUCCUCAAAUGCCUUCAGGAAUGCAAAAAGAGGAGGAAUGUGAGCAUCACCUUCAACGAGCAAUUGUUGCUGGGCUCAUUAUUCCGACCCCUGAAGUAUCUGAAAUGCCUGACAAAGAGUUUUAUGAGAAAGUUUAUCCUGCAAAUUACAAGCAACCUCGGCAGCUUAUCCACAUGCAGCCAUUCACAAUGGAACAGGAUAUUCCCGAUUAUGAUAUGGACUCUGAUGAUGAACGGUGGCUGCACUCUCAAACACAAAAACUUGAUUUAUCUCCAUUAAAAUUUGAGGAAAUGAUGGAUAGGUUGGAGAAGAGUAGUGGCCAAACUGUUGUUACAUUAAAUGAGGCAAAGGCACUGCUGAAAGAAGACGAUGAUCUCAUCAUAGCAGUAUUUGAUUAUUGGUUAAAUAAGCGUUUGAAAACACAACAUCCUCUAAUCUUGACUGUCAAGACAGAACAUAGAUCUGGCACUGCAGCUAACAACCCGUACUUAGCAUUUCGGCGACGAACAGAGAAGAUGCAGACACGAAAAAACCGCAAAAACGACGAAGCUUCCUACGAGAAGAUGUUAAAAUUAAGAAGGGAUUUGUACAGGGCUGUGACACUCUUGGAACUUGUAAAAAGGCGAGAAAAAAUCAAACGAGAACAUGUACAUCUAACAGUGGAAGUUUUUGAAAAACGAUUUCAAGCUAAGGACUUCAAUGGAACAGUUAUGGCAGAAGCAUCGGCCAUCAAAUCGUCCAGGCCUGCAUUUACGCCAAUAUUUCAUAAUCCUUAUCCAAAUCAAACUUGGUCUAACAAGUCGAUCUUGAAAGAUGAGGUCUUACCAAGAAGAGAAAAAAGACAGUAUAAGAAACGUAAACACAAAUCAUUAAGUGGUAGUCGGUCUGGUGGCUUUGGUGUUGAUUCUCUUGGAGGUUUAUCUUCAGAUGAAGAUGUGGGCAUGUCCCAGUUAUCUCCAGAGCCAGAAGAAACAGAAGAUGAAAGCCAGUUUGCUUUUAGAAGAAAUAAGCUAUGUUCAUACCAUACACCUCUACCUAAUGAAGGCAAUUGGCAGUGGUGUUCAAAAGAAGAAAAUGGUUUGGCAGAUAAACGGUUCCGAUUUACACUAACAUCCCUUUCUAACCCUCGUCGGUGUAUAGGUUUUGCUAGAAGAAGAGUUGGAAGAGGUGGUAGAAUUAUCCUUGAUCGUAUUUCAACAAAUUAUGAUGAUUUUUGGAGGACAUUGGAUUUCUCUAUAACAGAACCCGAGAGAGAAGUAGGUGCUAGUUCAACCAUUGAGGAAGAGCCAGCAUUUUGUCAACAAACUGAUAUUAAAAGUGAAGUUAGUGUUAAUAACAAUAAUAACAGGAUAAGUGAUAAUAGUGUGAUUAGUGAUAGUAUUAAGGUGGGAAUUAAAAAGGAGCCGGAAGAUGUGCAAGAAGAGGAUGUAAUGUCAAUGGAACAUGUAUAUACAAAAAAAGAAAAGGAUGAAAUGGUUGAUUUUCUCAGAUCGCUCAGGAGGGAUUGGUUACAUUUUCGACCUAAAACUCCACCACCUGACUAUGAAGUUCCCUGUGAUAUGCUUCAUACUGAGGAAUCAUUCUUCGAUCCCAGUGCCAAUACGUUUUCUAUGGAGAUACAAACGUUGGAUGCACCGAGCUCUACACUUCUAGAUACUUCUACGUUUAUCUCUGAUCCUUUCACACUUGACCACAUGGACUUGGAUACAAGGCAGAUUUCACCUGCUGUGUCCACUCUCAAUACGCUUAUACCUAGUGUUAGUGAUAGUAAUGAAGUUGACAACUUGUCAAGUGAUUCUUCUAAUAGCGAUAGUGACUUUAGAACUAUUGGUUGCUCGAACUUUAAAGUGAAUGAUCUUGGUAUGAAUGACAGUAAUGUUAUGAUGAACACUACUGUGACGCGAAGUCAAAAAAAAAUUCAUUCAAAUGCUAGUCGCAAAGUGAACAAUACAAAUUUACUAUCUUCUUCUUCAAGUGGGGAAGAAUUCAAACCAACGAUCAGGAGCAGCCCAGAUUCUUCUCCACUUGGAAACACCAAUGGAUUAUUGAGUCAGCUUUAUUUUGAUGUACCUCCUCCUAGAACAAAAAACAAUAAACUUCAAUACGCUUACUCUGGAGGUGUGGGAUAUCCAAAUGCAUCUUCAGGCACCCUAAGUCUUCAUACUUCUGCGCAUACUCUUACGCUUAAUAGUCAUAGUGCCAACAUACUGGAUAUUCCAUUGACAAAUGAUUCAGAAACAAAUAAAAUAGAUGCAGAAGCCACUGGAGGGCCUGUGUCCAGUAAUAAUAAGUCCAAAAAUAUAGUUCGGAAAAAUAACAUCAUAAUGGAAGUAACGUGAUGAUCGGUUUGGUGCCUGCUCUCCUUGGGGAUUGCGGGAUGAGGAAUCAGUUUUGAAUUACAGGGUGUUGCAUUACACAAAAAAAACUCAGCAUAUAUAUAAAUAUGCCUGCAUGAUUUCGGUGUUAAGUUAUGAUUUAUGUAAUAUAGAAACUAGAAUUCAUGUAUCACAUGCAAAGAAGUGUGGAAAAAGAACUUGUUUGUUUGUUUUUCUCUGCUUUGAAAUUUUUCGGCUUCUGGAUAGGCAAAAAAUAAAAAAAAAAUAUCUUAGAAAAAAGUACAAAAAAAAUAAAAAAUAUGGAUGUUUGGCAUAAAAUAAGAAAUAUUUUUAUAUUUGAAAACGUAAGUACCUAACUGAAUAUGUGUAUGAUAAUAUUUAAAAUUACAGUGGAUAGAAAAUAUAGGAGACCAUGUUAGUAAGUUUUUUGUGUCACCAAUACCAAUUAACUAACUAACUAUCAUAAAUUAUAUAUUUUCGAUUUUCACCGUCCAUUCAUAACAAAUAUCUUUUAGAAAGUACAUUCAUCAAUUACCUUGUAGGGUUGCUUGAAAUUCAUCAUAAAAACACCUAAUCUGUCAUAAAUUUUAAAUAGGUGUAUCCAAACAUAUGUAAAUUAAAACAAAUCAUGUAUAGUAGAAAGUGUGAACAGUAUAUUAAUAUUUUAAGCUAAUCAAAUUGACUUCAAUGGCUUUGCUUGAUAGAGAAGCUUCAUUUCAACAUGAGCUGUUUCCAAAAUGUUAAUAUAUUAAUGGCAGUGAUCUGAAAUUUCUCCAACUGUGUAUCAAGUACUAUAUUGGAAUUUCUAAGUAACGGUUACAGAUUUUUUUUAAAUGUUAUUAAUAUUAUUCUAUAUAAGCAAAAGGCGGUAAAUUAAAUGUUUACAAAGGAUAUCUUAGCCACACGUAAAAAUGUAUGGUUUUGAAAAACAAAACAAUUUAGUAAGAUCUAUAGUCAAAUGAUAAUCACUAUUCAUUUUUAAAAGAUAUUCUGAUAUAUUUAAAUUAAGAAAUUCAUACAAAUUUUUAUAGUCUUCCAAUUAUUCACUCCAAUAUUUUUAUUUAAAUUUUCAAUUCCCCAAGUUAUAUAGAUAUAGGUAUAAAUAAAAUGCAAGCAACGAAUAGUAUGUAUACUCAAUCGUAUUAAUAUACAAGGUGAAUGUACAUUACUAUCUAGAGCUGAUAUAAGUUUGAAAAUAAGGGUAUUGCAUUACAUUGUUUAAACUGAUUAAGGGAGAUAUAAUUAUUCAAAGGGGUAAAUUGAGGACUUUAUUUCUUCAAAUAUCUCACAUACAGGUAGCUUUACAGGGUAAGGAUCAUUAAAGACUCCCAUUAUAUUCCUUAUUAUGUCAUUUCGUUCGUCAUUAACAUUUUUUCCGUUAAUUGUUUGAUCUAUCACACUUCGCUACCAUAUGUGACAAUACUUUUAAGGAUAGUGUUAUAUAUUCGUUUUUAUUGGCUUUUGAUAUUUGGUUCCAUAAUAUUUCAUUCGUGAUAGAUUUACCUUUCCUCUCCUGUAUAUUUCUCUCCUUAUUUGUGUCCAGUGUUCCAUCUUGUGUUAUUCUCAUUCCUAAGUUUGUGUAUUUGUUAUAGUGUUUUAUUUGUGUACCGUUCUCCAGGUCGAUAUAUUAUGCUGUUGCUCGAAUUCACAGGAGAGAUAAUAUAAAUGGUUUUUUCAGACUUCCUAUGCAAUAAGCGCUCUUGUAAUAAAUUAGAUAUAUAUCACGAUAUUAAACUUCAAUAUAUCUCUUUAUUGUACUGUAAUCGUUCCAAUUUUCCAAUACCAAAACUAUAGGUAAAAUGUGGUGGUCUGAAAGUAAUGAUUCUCAGUUUAAUCCUUUGAAGGGUUACAUCUACUUUAUGUUGGAUUUGCAAAAACGUGUACAUAAAGCAGUACUAUUAUUUGGAUUACACAUCAGCACUAGAAAUUAAUGUACUUAAUUUUUAUUUAGCUGAAAUUUUGAAUGUUGAAAAAUAGAACGUCCAGCUACUAUUUUUUGUUCACUGCUAUUUCUCUUGCGCCCUCUCAGGAUAUUAAAACAAUUUGUUAUUCAUUGAAAUCGAUAUGCUUCUGUAUUUUUUUGUUGAAACAAAAUAUCGCUACAUUGUAAAUAGAAAUUGAAGUACCUUAAUAUUUUCUAACCAAUGGAAUUAAUUUUGAAUUCUUUUGAUCCUUGUAUACUUGAAAAUUGUAUAUUAGAAUUUGAAAAGGCGGUAGGCACAUUAUUUUAUAUCAAUUUAUUCUAAGUGUUAGAUUUUUAAAUGUUGAUUUUAAUCAAUUUUGCCCUUUUAGACAAUGAAAUAUUUUCUCUAACCGAAAUUAUUUUUCAAAGCAGAAAAAAGUUUGAAUUCACUUUCUAAUCUUAAUGUGUUCAUAAUGGCGAUCACUACUAAGGAUUACUCGUUUGAACUUAAUUUAGAUUUCUAAAUUAAGUCUGCACUAAUUUUUUGAUAAACCCCUUGUAUGCUCCUUUAUAUGCACAUCUUAAAACACGUGCUAUUGGCCAAAUAAGUAUCAAAAUGAAAAUUGAAUUCGUACACUUUCUAUAUAUAGAUUUUUUUAUUCCCUAUUUGGAUCUUCUGAUAUACAAUAUGCCCUAUAACAAUAGAAUCUUGAACAAAUGGAAACCGGUAAAAUUCCUUAAUAAAUGUAAAUUUUCUGUGCUAUUCAUUAUUUGCUUCUUGGUUCAAAAUUGUUGACUUUGUGAUGCUACCUCGAUCUUUUUCAAAUCUGAUUACUUCACAAUCAAGAAAAAUGGAUAUUCUACUAUCUCAAGUUUUCAGUUUCCCAAGAAAAUAAAACAUGCGGGAAAGUUGUUAAUAAAAGAAGGGCUUGUAUUUUAAAACUGAGGAUUGAACAAUAAACUACUAAAUACAAUAAAAUUUAUUUACCGUAUUUCUCUGAGGAUGAUUAUUUCCUUAAUUGAUUAUUUAUUAGAGAACAUAGCCUCAUGUAAAUAGAAAAAAGUUUAAGCCAUUUUGCGGAUUGAGAGCACUAGUUUGCAAGUAAAUAGAACACAUUAUAUAAUAUUGUAAAAAUAUCGUCCCCCUUAACAAGAUGUUAUUGUAGAAAUUUGACGGGAGUUAAAAAUAACAAAAAGCUCUACGCCAUAUGUAACAGUUUUGUUAGUAAUAAUUUAUUAAAUAAUUUUUUCCUAAACGAAAGAAGAAAAUAAAAAUUAAAGGUGUCCUAACUCCGUCUCUUCUAUUUACUCACUGAUUUUUUUUAAAAUUUAUCUAAACUCUGUUAUAACAUAUAUAUUAUUAUUCAAUUAAUUUUUGUAGGUAUUAACUAUCCAGACUAAAAUAGCAAAUAUAAAUUUCAAUCGAUGUUAAUGAAUAAGAAAAUUUAUGGUUCCAGUUAAAGCAUUAAUUACACUGUUUUCAUUUUUCUUUUUGUCGCUUUCCAUAGAUAGAACAUAUCGAAUCUCCAUCGACUACACAUAUCAUUUAUGGACAUUAAAGGAACUUCUAUUUCAUCCUCGAGAGUUACGUUUCUUGAUUUUUUGGAAGGUUUCCCCAACGAUGUUUCAGGCUGUACUUCAUCUUCAAUAAUUCCAACUUCAAGUAGACAAUUCUUGUUGCCUUCCUUUCUCGGCAGCUCUGACUGUUUUUCAAGUUGUUUAUCUAUAACGUCGUGCUUUGAAUACUUGUAAUAUUCAUAUAAUUCUGUUUUGUUUAGAAGCCAGUCAAAUUUCUAUAGGUUUUGCUUAUGUCUUCAGACGAAACAUAAAGGUUACAAUUUAUCUUUUGAAUGUAGAGGGAGGCAAACUAUGGAUGCUCUAACUUCUCUUGAAUAGUCAAUAACCUCUGCCUUUCUAGUGUCGGAAUAAUACCUAUCAAGUAUGAAGUUUUGAUAGUUGAAAUGAAAUGAUCAAAAUACUUUAAAAAAUAAUGUACUAGUCAUCACUCGUAAGUGGGGUUUAAAAAAAUAAUCUAACCCACUUUUUGUCAGCAGCCUUGGUUUCAGUUCAAAAUGGAUGUUAAAUUUCAUUUUGAAAAGCUAGCUGGUAAGUUAAUCGUCGAAUACCGAAUAGUAUUAGGCCAUAUUAUAAAACUCAUCGAGAAAAAUCGUGUUUUCUUCAAAAUUUUGAAGUAACACAAUUCGCAGGUGAAAGAUUAGAUUUAACGUAGUCCUUAUGUAGACCUGGAGAACACAAUGAGGUUUUGAUGCAACUUUAUACUCCACAUCCUUGUGGAGUAUAAAGCCCUUUGUAUUAAUUGAUUGAUUUACAAAUAACCAAAAGGUUGAGAUUUUUUUGUUUUUACUCAAACGAAUUCUAAACAGUCAGAAAAACAUAAAACGAAGAUCGUAAAUUUGUCCCCCGGACGGAUUUACAAAAUUCAAAGUUGACUGAUUUUAGUUACUACAAAAAUGGCGAUAUCUUCUGACCAAAUGAAUAUAACUACAUGAUUACAACAAGUGCAGAAUAAUAUUCAAGUAAUAAUUAAUCAUUCUUAGUUAUUACAUUAUGGAAAACUUACCGUGCGACGUCAAUCUAGGUGUCUAAACUUGAUUUGAAACUGUAGCACGUUGUUAUAAUAUCUACAUUACAUAAUUUAGAGAGUUUUCAUGUUUUUGCAGCAUUUUGGAAAAUGUAUGACUUGGGUAAUCCAUACAUUACGUAGCAUGUUAAUGGAGAGAUCAAAGUUUUGUAACUUCAUAUAUUGAACUUCAAAAUACUAAAACGUGAAAUUUAGAUGUGAAUAAAAACAUUCUCGCUAUGAGAUUAUCUCUCAUUUAACUUGGAACGGCGUUGUGAUACGAGUGAGACACUAAAAUUCACGAGAAUUUUGAAUGGGGAGGGUUUAAAUAGGUUUAGUUGUCGGCGAGUCGUCGCUUGCUUUUUUACUGUUCUGUGCGUAGGUUGUUAGCGAGACUUGACAACUGUUACCACAUGCGCUGGCGCAGUGAAUGAAAUAUAUUCCUAAUGUUUACUUGACGAUUAUUUUUUGCUGAGUGACUGUCAUAGUUUUCUCAGUUGAUUGAUGUUGAUUUGAUUAGAUUAUUUAACACAUCAGGAGGGGGAUUUUAAAAAUGUGACAACAUUUGACAAGGACGAGGAAGGGGAUCAAAAGUCCUAAAAUUCGUGUGACGUAAUUAUGGAUGGCCCCAUUGUAGAUCCAAGGAAAUACUACCUAAAACUUGAUAAUUUCCAUGCCUAGCUAAAAGAAAGCUUUACUACCUGUAAUAAUGAGUCACAAUCAAAUUUCAUAUUUUACAUUAAGCUUCAUUUAAAAAGUGAGGAAUCGUAUAGUUGUAGAUCGUGUACUCAGGUGAUAAGUCAAUAUCUUUGGCAAUUGUAAUUUGUUGAGGGAAUUUUUGAUGGAACUAUCCAAUCAAGAAAAUCACUAUGAACAUUUUUCACUUAUUUUGUUCAGUUUUUUUUGUUCGCGGUCGUCUUCCAGACACCUGUAACUCUUUGCUGCCCCAAUGAAUAUGGAAAGUUCUAUAAAAGUAAAUUACAUUUUGGUUACAUCAGUUGGCAGAGAUUUCGAAAACUAAAGAGGCUAGUAAAAUUAAAAGUACGAGCCACGAAUUUCUAAAUGAUAUUUAAUUAGAUUCAAAAAGUUAUUCCUUACAAAACAUGUCAUAAAUAAUUAACCUUAAAAAAGAUUAUUACGUCGAUUAUGCCUUGGACAUAGAGUGGAUCUAAAAAAUAAAUAGAAUGGAAAUGAAUAAUCCACCUCUUUCAGAUAAACAAUAUCAAAUUUUAUGGAAAUAGUAUCAUGAGCACAAAUAAAUAAUUAAUUGUUGAUGUCUAACCUAAAAUAUUAUUUGAACGUUUCCAUUUUUUUAUAUAGAUUAACUUUUUUAAAAUACCAAUAUUUCUGCUUAUGACACUUUGAAAUAUGUACAAGAACAUACAAACUCUCACUGACCCUUUCCUACUUUACUCUGGUAAAGUUUUUAUUACAAUUGAUUGAAAUGUCCUAUUUAAAUUACACUGUUAUGACUGUAAUCGAAACUGAUAUUUUUUCUAUAUUGCCUAGCUUUGCUGCAAAUAUUUGUACAAUUCAUAUUCUAAUUUGUACAUUUCUAAUGAAUUCUUGGUUCAUUUUCACGAUUUGAUAAUUGCACAAUUAAAGAUUAAAAAACAGAAAUUUUAAUUUAGAUACGUAGUCAAAAAGUACUUGACCGUUAUUGAUUUAAGUGAGUUUUUUUAGUUGAAAGUAUGAGAAUCAAAUAUUUUAAUUAAAAUAGCACUUAAAUUUAAUUUUACGUAACUUACAAACUUUCCUUCAACUUGCUAUAACAUAUAUAAGUUGAAAAAUAAUUAUUUAUCGAUAUUCCGGAAUGGUGAAGAAAAUAUUUAAUUGUGAAGUUUGUCUUAAAUAUGAGUUUUUAAUUAAAACAAUAUGUGUUAGGGAUCCUUGAUGGUUAAAAGAAUUAAAAAUACUGUCAAAAAGUGUGCGAUUUUGAUACAAAUUGCUGGUUCCUGAUUUUGAUAUUUCAUUUUUUCGUGGCUACUGUAAAUAAUAUACAGUAUUUUAUAAUGUGCAUGCAUCAAGGGCAUAUUAAAAUUUUGUGCUGAUUGUAAAGGAAUAUUGACGCGAAACAAAAAAAAUAAAUUCGAUACAAAAAAAGAAAAAAAA